UUGUUUUGCGAACAGACGGAACGUUUACAAAUUAUUCCGCAAAGGCUAUAUACUAUAUAUAUUUUGUUUAUUGAGGCAUAUACGUGAACGAAACACUAAUUAAAAUGUGCAACGCUUGUUGGGAGUGCCUAAAAUGCCCGGGCAAAGUGGUUUGCUGUUGCUGUCAAUGCGCCUGCAAAAUGGUCAUGAGCAUUAUAUGCUCUUUCAUAGUUCUCUUGGUAAUUAUCGGUUUGAUCGUCUACUUCACCGUCUACUACCACAAGGACAACAACAACGAUGCACAGAAACAGGUGGAGAAAAUGCUGCCAAUUGUCAAGAGAAGUAUACGCGAUUACUUCAACAAGGAGGUCUAGAGUAAUGCGACGCUCAAAAGAAUUUAUAAUAUAAGUUAUAAUAGUCAACGAAUAAAAUAAUAAUAAUAAAAAAAACGA